AUGUGCAAAGCAACGGCCGCCGUGGUCCAAAUCACAUCUACACCUUCUGUGGCGAGGAAUGUCCAAACUGUCACCAGGUUACUCACGCAAGCGGCCAGUCGGGGUGCGGGGAUGGUUUUCCUCCCAGAAGCUGCAGAUUUCAUGUCGCCUGCUUCUUCGGUCUUUGAGCUGAGCCAGCCACUAGAGAGGCACUCAUUUCUGAAUGCAAUCCGUGAAUCGGCUCGGAGUUUGGGACUUUUUGUCAAUGUCGGAAUACAUGAGCGUCCACCAUCAUCGGUCUCAAUGGAGAAGGGUUAUAACACCAACGUAGUUAUCGCGAAGGAUGGUUCCAUAAUUUCGAAGUAUAGGAAGGUCCACCUCUUCGACGUAGAUCUAUCGCCGACAGGGCCUAAGAUCCUGGAGAGCGCAACCACGAUCCCUGGCACGGAAAUCGUGGCCCCUGUUUCAACGCCGAUCGGCAAACUCGGAUUACAAACCUGUUAUGACAUUCGAUUUGCCGAGCCAUCAAACUCGCUUACGCGGCAAGGCGCGGAAUUGUUAGCGUAUCCAUCAGCCUUCGCCCCACAUACGGGGGCUGCGCACUGGGAGACGCUGCUGAAAGCUAGAGCAAUUGAGAACCAGUGUUAUGUCCUCGGAAGUGCUCAGAGUGGCGAACACUUCCCAAGUCGGAGCUCUUACGGCCGAGCAAUGAUAGUCGAUCCUUGGGGGACAAUCGUAGCGCAAUGCCCACAGAUCGCUACCGAGAAAGGGAAAAUAUGCUUUGCGGAGAUAGACUUGGGCUACCUGAACAAAGUCCGGAGAGAAAUGCCGAUGGGAUGGGCGCUGAAAUGA